CUCUUUCUACUUUAUUUCUCUAUACGUUCACUGGCUCCGCAUCAUUCACCUGUUGGCAACCUUUCUAUCUCCUUUCUGUUUCGGCUUCUAGGGUUUCCCAUCCGUCAAUUCAUCUCUCUUCCCUCUUAUUCCUGCAAUCUCCGCCGUUUGUUUGUCUUCUAUUCUUUUAGGGUUUCAUAAAUUUUGAUUUGGUUCCGGUUUAGGGUUGUCUCAAAUCUUCGUCAAUGGCGCCAUUGAUCAGGAGGGAAUCGGAGAAUUCCGAAGUGCAUCCGUUCAGUCUGUGGGUGGGUAAUGUGGGGAACAGCGUUACGGAGUCGGAUCUGCUGGCGGUAUUCUCGAGGUUCGGUGCGUUGGAUUGUUUUAUCUCGUAUUCGUCGCGGAGCUUUGCAUUCGUGUACUUCAGGCGGGGCGAGGAUGCUAGAGCGGCGAGAGAGGCUCUUCAGGGUAUGGUCGUUCUUGGGACUCCGAUGAAAAUCGAGUUUGCGAGACCGGCCAAACCAUGCAAAAGCCUUUGGGUGGGUGGUUUUAGCCCAUCGACCACCAAAGGAGAGUUGGAAAAUGAAUUUCUGAAGUUUGGUAAGAUUGAGGACUUUAAGUUUUUCUGGGACCGUAACUCUGCACUUGUUGAGUAUGUCAAGUUGGAAGAUGCGUCACAAGCCCUGAAAGGACUUAACGGAAAACAAAUAGGUGGUGCCAUGAUACGUGUUGAUUUCCUUCGAUUACAGACUUCAAGAAGAGAACAGGGGCCUGAAUUCCAUGAUUCCAGGGAUGGGCAGUUUUCUAGUAGGACCACAGGACAUCUCAAUUCAGCAUGGAUGCCACAGGAUUCUAUUAUAAAUUACUCUGAACCUUAUUCUGGCUCUAAAAGACAGCAUUCAUCUCAAUCUUCUGUGAUCCGCAAAGGUGAAGGACAACCCAGUAAUGUGCUGUGGGUGGGCUAUCCUCCUUCCAUUCAGCUUGAGGAACAAAUGCUUUAUAAUGCAAUGAUCCUUUUUGGAGAAAUUGAAAGAAUAAAAAGUUUUCCAUCAAGGCAUUAUUCGUUUGUGGAAUUUAGAAGCAUAGAUGAAGCAAGGCGGGCAAAAGAGGGCCUGCAGGGCCGCCUUUUCAAUGAUCCAAGGAUAUCUAUAAUGUAUUCUAGUAGUGGGGUUGUACCUGGAAAAGAGUAUAAUCCAGGAAUUCCAGAAUCAAGACCAGAUACAUUUGUUAAUGAACUUCCUUUUCGACAUGUAGAUGUAUUUAGUCCUAAUGGUCCAAUGGUUUCAAAUAAUUUUCCUGGACCAUCGCCGCCUAGUGGUAUUCUUGCAUCAAAUGUGAUGAGGACUGUUGGUUCUCAUGAACCUCCACGAUCAGGCCCAGGACUCAAUGAGUUGGCUGCACUUCGUAAUUUUCAGGAUGCUAGUCCCAAUAAUCUGAUGGGUCCAAAUUGGAGAAGGCCAUCACCUUCUACACUUGGGAUGCUCCCUUCUCCUGUACCAAGCAUUAGGCCAUCUGUCAGACCUGUGUCUGCUGCCUGGGAUGUAUCAGAUGCAAAUCAAUUUCAGAGGGACUCUAAGCGAUCAAGGGUGGAUGGUGCUGUAUCAAUCAGUAAUCCUUCCUUCCCGCUGAGGAAGAGUGAUGAUCUAGGGCUUGGCUUGGAUGAUUUAUAUGGUCAGCAUGAUGGAAGUGCUUCUAGUUCAUUUUCCAAUAUCCAGGGGAAAAAUCGAUCUGGUCUGGUUGAUCCAAGGCUUACAAAUGCUGUAGCUGCUCAGAGCCAUUCUGGUACAGAUUACAUAUGGCGUGGCAUUAUAGCUAAGGGUGGAGCUACUGUGUGUCAUGCACGAUGUGUUGCUAUUGAGAAAGGAUUGUCGUCAAAACUUCCUGAGAUUGUCAAUUGCUCAGCUAGAACUGGCCUGGAUUUGCUUACUAAGCACUAUGCUGAGGCAGUUGGAUUUGAAGUGGUUUUCUUCCUGCCUGACAGUGAAGAUGACUUUGCUUCAUAUACGGAAUUUCUUUGCUAUCUGGGUUCAAAGGAUCGUGCUGGUGUUGCUAAACUUGAUGAUGGGACCACCUUAUUUUUGGUGCCUCCAUCUGAUUUCCUUUCAAAAGUUUUGAAAGUUUCUGGCCCUGAACGCCUGUAUGGCGUGGUUCUUAAAUUAGCCCAACAAGUGCCUAGUGGUGCAUCCAUGCAGCAACAAUCACAUAGGCCUGUUCCUUCAUCUCAAUACAGUGAUAGACAGCAGAUUCCUCCACAUGUUGAGUACAGUCUGAUCCCUCAGAAAGAACGGGUUCUGCAUAUGGAUCAUAAUAGUAGCAUUUUACAUGAGGACUGCUCACUUUCUCCAAAGCUGCGUUUGCCUUCCACCAGUGAGUCCCUUGCAACUCAGUCAAUUUCUCAAGAUCGUGCAUCGUCUAAUACAGCAGUAGUGUCUCAAGCUGGGCUUACUUUGACACCUGAACUAAUUGCCCAUCUGGCUUCAUUAUUACCUGGCGGUAUGCAGUCUUCUGCUUCAGUAAGUGCUCCGCAAUCAUUAGGCUCCUCUAUUGCAAGACCUUCACUUCCUCCCUCUGUUGGCCCUGAUAGAGGGACUCUGUCCCAGGGGUGGAAUCAAGAUCAUCAAACACCUCCCUCUCAACAGUCUGGGAAUCAGUUUCAUCCCCAGGCCCAACCUCUUCCUCAGUUCCAGAACUACCCAACUGUGACACAGACACCUGGCCACACUGCACUAGCAGUCCCUGAUGGCCAGAUUCAAGAUAAUACUUUCAACCUCCCUCAGCUGGGUACAAUUUCUUCUAGGCCAUUGACCAACUUGCCUGUCCCUUCACAAAGUGGACAGUUUGCUGUCUCCCCACAGGUCAACCAGCAGUAUCAGCUAGAAAUUCAUCAGAAUAGUCAGAAUGCCUAUGGGAUGGGCCGGGCUGAUGGUCCUACUACCUUCUCAAGUCAGGUUGAUGGUGCUUCAAACAGAGUGAAUCCAGCCUUGCCCAAUCAAGUGCAGCAGCUCCAAUCCAUGAUCAAUGGAGCUGGUCAGUGGUUAUCAGAUGAUGAUGCGGAUAAGAGCCAGCGGUAUCAGUCAACCAUACAGUUUGCUGCUGACCUCCUUGAGCAAAUAAGGAAGCAGCAACAACAAACUAAUCAAGCAGAGCAGUGGCCUGGAAAGCAGCAAUGAGAAUUGCAUCUUCAUCUAGGUAAUUCCUUUUGCCAGUGCUGGUUUUCUCUGAAUGGUGAGUCUAUCUUUAGGGAAAUAUUAAUUUCUGCUAUAAAUGUGGUUAAUUUUGUAAUAAGUUGGCUGUGUGUUUUGAAAUGUUUGCAUCAAAGAUGUCAUAGUUACAUGUUGCUUCCUCAUCCAUGUUGUAGGUGUAGUCAGCAUUUUCAUGGAAAUUGAGCGAAGUUCAAAAUUUAUUUCAGGCUUUAUAUGCCAGCUGUUAAUAUCUUUUUGGAGUUUUUGGUCUGAUAAUGAGAUCCUAGAAUGGGAGUGUAGGAAUGAGUAAUUUACACUUACUUUUGGGAAUAUCCUUUCUCUUUCAUGAAUUUUCUGAGGGAAAUUUCAUGGGAAAGUAGUUUGUGGUUGCUUAGAAGUUUUGAGAUGUUUUGGGAUGCUUAAAAGGGAAGUUCCUGUCUGUAGAUCUGGUCAGGAAAAUGGUCUAUGAAGUAGUUUUGGUAAGUGUUCCAAAAAAGUAUAGGACUGAUGGAUCUUAUUAUGAUUAAUUGGAAUUAUGACCUGAUGCAAAAUUGAUGGCACUUCCCAUGAGUGGAAUUUCUUGUUUGAACUAUGGCCCCUUUGGUAUGACAGAAUGUUAAGUUGAAUAUUUGUGGCUUUCCAUGUACAGGGUUCCAUUUCUUGGGCGGCUAGAGUUCUUUGAUAGAAAAUUAUGUUUUUAUGCUUUUGGAGUUAAUUCUGUUGCAAGGAUGACUUGUUUGUCAGACUACGUUCCUUGAAGUUGAUCUAUUCUCUCAAUAUCUAGGUCUUGCAUGUUAUAGCUAAUAGUAGCUAACUUGAGAUUUUUUAUUGGAUCUCUGUAUAUUCAAACUGUAACGUUUUAUAUAAUAGAUGUUUAGAUGCUUAUUUUUGUGCUACAUCACAAAACUACAACACUUGAAGCCAAAAUCUCUUGAAACAUGUCUAAUGAAUUGUAGGAGAAAUAUUUUUUCCAUUUAUUUAUGAGAACACACACUAACAGAGAGGAAAGAAAAGGAGAGAACAUUUACAAAAAUAGAUGAGAGACCUUUCACUAGAACGUACAAGAAGCAGUACAAGAAGCAAAUGGGGAAAAGGCUAAGAUAACCAAUAAUAAGAACUCCUAAGAACUUUUUGAUGCUGCACAUCCUAGAGUUGUGAGAUAACAUGGUCUCUCCCAACUUUCUUCCAUUGAUCUGCACUUGUUCUAAAAAAUCUUGGUGUUUCUUUUAAGCCAUAUAUAAUCUAUAUAAUAGCAAGGACAACCCCUUUCUACACGGCAACUCCUUUAAGGCUUUUACCCAACCCUAGGAAAUAGAUAACUAUCAUAUCUGCAAUCCCUCUCAGAAGAGUUCAUGCAAUAUCUGCUUUAAAGAAUAACCUACACCAAAUUUCCAACACAAAGGAGCAAGGGAGGAAGAGAUGGCUUGUAGAUUCCCCAUUUCUCGUACAAAGAAAGUAACAAUUGUAGCUAAUGGAUUUAUAAGGCAUCGUGUAAUGGUGCAAAUUGUUAUCUUUGUAACUUGAUACUGUAAUGGAGUUUUUGACUUACAGAUGAACUUGGCUUUAAGGAACAAAAUCAUGGGGUUAAAUUUACAUAGAAAUGAAGAAAGACUUGGAUGAGGAGAGUUCAUCUGAAUUUGGGGUCCAAACCCUCUUGUUUGGAGUAGAAAAUGAAAGAGAAACACUUUAUAAACAUAAAGGGAAGAGAGAUCAUCAAUUUCUGGUUCCCUUGAGUAUCAGAAAAAAUCAAAAUCUUUAACAAGGGAGUUAUUUGAUAAAGAGUUACCUAUCAGAAAAAAAAAGAGGGAAAAAAGAGAGAGAGAGAAGAAGGUAUAUGCUUCAAUUGGGACAGUAGAUGCAUUUUUUGGCUGUAAUCUAGUGGUUUUCUACAGGGGGAUAUCUAAUGUUUAACUUGAUUCCAUGUGGUUAUCCUUUUAAGCCUAUUAACCACCUUUGUGUUGUAGGAUUAUUGGAUCUUGAGUUUAUAUAUUUUAUGAAGGAUUGGGUAGUGUAGAAUGCAAUUUUUUGGUGACCAAGAAGAUAUCUUUUGCCAGGAGUUUGCUAUUUUUAAAUGUUAUCUGCUGGUUCUCUUUGCAAUCUUUAAAUAUUGAGAUACGGGUGAACUUUGGAUUGCUUUUAUGUAAUUUGGAGACGGGUUGCAAAUAAUGGUUCAUGAGUUUUAUGGGCUUAGAAGCAAUGAUAUACAGCAGUUUGGUGGCCUCAGUUCCAAAAAUAUCAUCUUGUGGAAUAUCUUCUGAUAUCUCUUGGCAAUAUUGGGGUUAUGGGUUUAUGGUUUGGCAUGCAAAUUUAAGGUUUAUUUUGUAAUCAAGUGCUGCAUAGAAUUGCUUUUAGGGAAGUAAAUGGUUAAUAGGGUUGAAGUGAACAACUGUUGGAGCAGUAGAUUUGCAGGAUGCUUUGUGAAGCAGCUGUUCUAUGUGGUGGCUUGUUCACCAAGUUUUAGUUGACAUGGAUUAUAUUUUACACAUAUUGGAAAAGAUCAGAAUACCUUUUUAACAAUUUGAGUCGUUUCUAAUUUGAUUCUUUCAUAGUUCAGUCUUAGAAAUGUUUGUAGUGCAGUUGGUGGCCCUAGCUUGGGAUGGAGCUUGUCAUUUCUUAUAUGCUUUUGUUGUGUUGUUUCUAAUUUGAUGUGCUAUGUGUUCAAAUGUUUGGUGCACUUGUCUGUGUUCUAUUGAAUUUUAACCAUGUUAGUGGUCUCUUUCUAUGAUUUUGUUUUGUUGGUUUUUAAAUUUAUGGACCAUCUGUUCAAUUAUUUCAUGCGCUUGUCCAUCUUCUUAUGUUUAUCAUGGGACAUUUUCUUCAAAUGUGCUUUCACUUUAGUCCAUCUCCUGGAUUAUCAUGUAGUUUGCUCUUUCAUGUCUAUGUGUUCUUCUUAUUGGAUGGAUUAAUUUUCUGUCUUGAAUUUAAUAUCGGCAUUCUGUAGCUCAUGCUUAUGGGUAUAUGCAUAGACUGACACUCAAAACACUCACCCACUCAUAUAUUACUUUAGCAUUGUCUGUGGAGAUUUUUUGUACUAGUGCUUGCUCAUUCACUGUUUCCUUUAAUAUGAUUGUACUGCAAUUGGUCUUUUUAGUUAUAUUUCUUUGAUGUUAUAUAGCUUGCUGUUAUUUCUUAAAAGCUUCUUGUAUGUUUCUGGAGCUGUUUAUUCAUACUAGGAUUUGGUGAUUUAGAGUCUGUUUAAAGCUUCUCAACCUGUAACUUUGAAUUGUAAUUGCCUUUUGUAAAAAGGUUUCGUUUCUUUAUUCUGAAAAACUAUUGAGAUGAUUGGUGAGUGCAUUAUAUAAAUAAAUACUAUCAAAAUAAGAUACUUCCGUAGAA